AUGGGGACCAGUGCACAAACCGCGUCGACGGCGCCGUACGCGCCCCAUUUCGCACGGAACGUCGCGGCGCUCACGGUCGUCGCGGAGAGCUUCGAACCCGGGCGGGCGCUGUUUUUUUCCGCGCGUCCGUCCUCCGCCGCGUCCACCACCACCACCUCCUCCUCCUCGUCGAUCGUGUUGAACGUGUACAACGCGUACGACGCGGACUCGGACGGCACGGGUUCGAUGCGAUCCGUCUCGUCGACCUCGAUCUCGAUCGCCGCCGCCGCCGCCGCGUCGUCGUCGUCGUCGUCGCUCUCCGCGGCGACCGUCGCCCACGGCGAAUCCUUCGGCGCGGUGGGUAUCCGCACCGGGCGGUCCGACGCCGCUUUACGCGGCCGCGACGGCGUCGUCGGCGGCGCCUUCGACUUCGCCGCGCCUUCGCGACCGCCUCCGAACGUCGCCCUGAGGGUCGAGGGUCCGCGCGAGGCGACGUCGGGGUGGAGUUCGGGGGCGCGUCAGAAGCGGAGUCGAAAGUCCUUAAGGAAUGAAGUUCACAACGCCGACGCGGUCGUAUGGGAAGCAGUGUGA